AGCGCGCUUUGUUAUUUUUUGGUUGUUUCUUCACAUUUGCUCAAUUCGUUCUGUUUGUAUUGAUUUCAUUGUAAUUACUGUAUUUUCCUUCUAAAAAUAAAAUAUAAAACAAUAUGAAGGAGUGUCCAUAUGGUGAAAAGUGCUAUCGGAAGAAUCCCAUUCAUUUCGGCGAGUUUUCACAUGCGCAUCUGGAUGCAAUUUAUAAGAAGGGAAAUGCAUCGGGGGAUUACGACAUACCUGCCAAAUACUCCAGUGAAAUGAUUCAGACUCAGUUGAGGUUGCUGGAAAAACUAUUUCCCAAAUCAGAAGUAAAAAAAGAAAAUAAAGCAAAUGUUUCGGGCUCAAAGCUACCUGUAAAUGCUCCGAUUAGAAGUGGUACGUCCACUUCUGAAUUCUCCAAUUCCAAUCCUAGUGGUUCCUCAACUUCCCGGUCAGCUGGUCCUGACGACACCUCCAAUUUGGCCAAGAAACAAAAGCUAAAUGCCAAGAACAUUAGGGACUAUAUUCCUGUCGUGGUGGAAAAGGGAGGAAUGGCCAAAAAAUUGGAACGCGCGGCUCCCUAUAACAUGUUUUUCACUGCGAUUACGGAUUCGAAACCCACCCAUUCGGAAGCCUUGAGCAUAACCCUUCAGGAAAUCCUCGAUGAAAGUCUGGGAGAGAUCGAAAGCACCGUGCAGAUAAACUUUAUGGUGGAUAUUGGCUGGCUACUGGGGCAUUACUACUUUGCCGGAAUACUGUCUAAACCGCUUUUGGUGCUUUACGGGGACGAAUCACCGGAGCUGCUAAGCAUAAGCAAAUUCAAGCCGCAGGUUACGGCCAUUCGUGUUAAGAUGCCCACGCCUUUUGCCACUUCGCAUACUAAGAUGAUGUUCCUGGGCUAUAGCGAUGGCUCCAUGCGGGUGGUCAUCUCCACGGCGAAUCUGUACGAGGACGAUUGGCACAAUCGCACGCAGGGCUUAUGGAUAAGUCCGAAACUUCCUGCUUUGCCGGAGGAUGCCGAUACGGGCGCAGGAGAGAGCCAAACCGGUUUCAAACAAGACCUAAUGUUGUAUUUGGUAGAGUACAAGAUUAGCCAGUUGCAGCCUUGGAUUGCCCGGAUCCGGAAGAGUGACUUCAGUGCCAUCAACGUGUUUUUUUUGGGAUCUGUGCCUGGAGGUCACCGUGAGGGCGCCGUGAGAGGUCAUCCGUGGGGUCACGCUCGGUUGGCUUCAUUGCUCUCUAAACACGCAGCGCCCAUCGACGAUCGCAUACCUGUGAUCUGCCAAAGUUCGAGUAUCGGAAGUCUUGGCGUCAAUGUACAAGCCUGGAUUCAGCAGGAUUUCGUUAACAGCCUGAAAAAGGAUUCAACACCUGUGGGAAAACUUCGCCAGAUGCCAGCUUUCAAAAUGAUUUAUCCAAGUUUUGGGAACGUUUCGGGUAGUCAUGACGGAAUGUUGGGCGGCGGAUGUCUGCCCUAUGGAAAAAACACGAACGAUAAACAGCCUUGGCUGAAGGAUCAUCUGCAGCAAUGGAAAUCUAACGAUCGAUAUCGCUCGCGGGCCAUGCCGCACAUUAAGAGCUAUACGCGCUUUAACCUGGAGGACCAGUCCGUAUAUUGGUUCGUUUUGACUUCAGCAAAUCUCUCUAAAGCAGCCUGGGGCAGCUUCAAUAAAAACUCCAAUAUUCAACCCUGCCUGAGAAUUGCCAACUAUGAAGUCGGCGUCCUGUUCCUACCAAGAUUUGUGACUGGCGAAGACACAUUUCCUUUGGGCAAUAAUCGCGAUGGUGUUCCCGCGUUUCCACUGCCCUACGAUGUUCCGCUGACUCCCUAUGCUCCAGAUGAUAAACCUUUCCUAAUGGAUUACCUGCACGGUUAAAACUAAAAACGCACCUAUUCGAUUUUAUUAUUUCUUGUUUUUAUAAUUAUUUGGGUUACACAUAUUUAAUACUCAACGUGUGCUUAUGUUUACUAAUUGGUUUUAUGUUUAUUUAUUUAAAUAAUCCUCAAAAAGUGGUAGUUAUUGCAUUUGCAAAUGAAUAACAUAAAAACAUAAAAA